AUGUCCGAAUCACUGUGCAACAAGGGUAAACCCGGGAUCGCUAUAGUCCCAGUUAACUUAACUCUCUUUAUGCACUCUAUUCUAUUCUAUUUAGUUUCUCUUUCAAAUCUUUCUAUUAUCAUCAAAUCAAGAUCCUCUCUUCUUCCUAGUUUUUUUUUUAUUGAUGAUUUUACUGACAAAUUUCAGUUCUUGAUUGAAUUGAAACCAAUAAAAAACAUAGGUGAUUUGGAGGUGCCUGCUUUCACUGCUGCAAUUGAGGCUCAUCAGAGAAAAAUUUCAGAUGCGAUUAUGAAACAUGCUUUGCAGAUUUGCUCCCAUAAGAACGUAAAAAAUGUCAAAAUCCAAAUAGUGGUUGGAGAUCCAAAGGAGAAGGCAUGUGAAGCUAUUGAGGAAUUGCAUGCUGAUCUGCUUGUCAUGGGUUCUCGAGCUUUUGGUCCCUUUAAAAGGAUGUUUCUGGGAAGUGUAAGCAACUAUUGCUUAAACUAUAAAAAUUCAUCUCAAAUUUGA